GUGUUAGUUGUGCCAUGAGAUGAUUACUAGCGCGCGGUCCUUAAAAAAUAAGCCUUCUCGACACACAGGCAACUGGCUAGCCACUCACCGCAUGUUCUUAUCCGCUCAUCUCCACCACUCACUCACUCUCUCCAAUGCUACCCCGAAUCGAGCGAGAAGGUGUCGAGCGUAAUCGAGCUACUGCGCGAAAUCGACCUCUCGCACGACGGCGCGUUCGAUUGCGCUCUGCGAGUAGCCCCAGCCGUUGCUCUCCAGCGCGCCCAACGGCCCGUCGCACCACGGCGCCUCGCACGGGUGCUCCGGCUCUAGGCACCGGUACUGGCCGGCGUCAUCGACAUCCUCGCAGUUGUCGUUCCUAGCGAGCCGCGUCCAGCGGCCGGACCAGACGUUGCGGCGGAAGUCGACAGCGCGGCAGGUCUCCAGCGCAGGGAGCGACGCGAUGCGGCCCUGGAUAACGAAGUCGGGUUCAUCGAGGCCGGCCUCGUCCCCUUCCCUCACUACGACAGCAGCUCGUCGUCGCCUUCGCUCGGGUUCACCCUGGACUGGGACGGCGGCGGCGGGUUCCGGCGCGGGUACUGCCUCAAGCGCGGGCGCGUCGACCAUGAGCGGAGGAAGGGCAUCCCGUGGACCGAGGAGGAGGCGAGGAGCACAGGUUGUUCCAGGCCUCCCUGGAGAGGUCGAUCUCGAAGAAGUCCCCGCCGAGGCAGCAGCGUGCGCCGGCGUCGUUCAGCGCCUAGAACCUGAACUCGUGAAUCUCGGCGGCGCUGAGCUCGGUCACGCGGCCCGCCGCCGCGUCAGCCCCGGCCUCCCCUACCUCGAGCUCCUUGUUGGGGGCGCGUCCAUGGGGCGGUUCCGUUUUUCUUAGGCCUGCGGAUGACAUCGUGGGGGUAGCCCGCACCGCGGCGGACAGUCCCUUGGCAUCCUCGCGGCCGUAGGCGCGCUGCUCCUCCAUGCCCUCCAGUGCUGUGCCAUCUCCGUCCGCAUCGCGGCCUUCUCCUCUUGCAGCCUCCUGUGGCCACCCUUUACCUCUUCGUCGUGUGCCAAGCAGGCGCGGUCGCAGAGCGCGCCGCGGAAUCGCCCGGAACCUGCCUCGCCGUCGCCGAGCGGGCAGCGAAGUGCUUCCCUGGACCCGCGGGACCUCGCCGCCGGCCAAUGUCAGGCGCGCGCACCCUCGCCCGGCAGGAGCUCCGUCGACGAGGCGAGCGUGAGGCCGAUUUUGGGGAAGGCGGAGCGGGGCCACGGGGCCGCGGCGCUGUUGCUCGUGCAGGCAGAGCACCAGGGCAGCGGUCUGGGGCGGCACGGGAGAAGGUGCCCGACAGCCUACGGGCCAGGUCGGCGCUCUGAUGCUUGUCCGAGAUUCUCAAUGGGAUCUCCGGCGCCGACGAGGAUAGGCUAAGUUGCAGUCUCGGCAGGUGCUCUGUGCUCUGUGCGUCCUCAAAAUUAUUGACCAAACUAAAAAUUAUAUGAAGAGAUCAAGUGUAUCUGUCGCAA